AUGAAAGCUGAAAACCCAAUCUAUGCCUCGCAUCGUCGAGAUGAGGAUAAGCGUUAUGAGGGAAGUGUAGAAGUAAUGGGAAGGAAAUUCAGGUCGCGGAAAGGUCAACCAAACAUAAAAAUGGCUGAACAGGUAGCAGCUCUCGCUGCGCUGAUUGGACUCAAUAUUAGACAUUUAUUGGUUGGAGAAUGGGAAGAAUUGUAG